CUUUAAAAAAGUUUAGUUAUAAAUAUUGCUGUGUGCAUUCACCAUAAUGAAGGACUUUUAGCAAUCAGAAGUUUGAUUUGUACAGAUUGAAGAAAUUACUGACAAAAUGUCAGUUAACAGCAGAAAAACCUCGGCACGUCCAUCCUAUUACUACAGACUGUUGGGCAGGUCACGUCUUCAGAGACAACGCAGUCGUUCCAGGAGUCGCAACAGGCCAGGCAACAGGGAUUCUCCAAUUGAGAGACCAGGCCGGAGACGCAGCAUGCCUGGGAGUGCUCCAGAGGACAACCCUGCAGUGGAACCACCCACUUCUGCGCCCUUUCGUGUGACGGGGUUCCUGAGCCGUCGACUGAAAGGCUCCAUCAAAAGGACAAAGAGCCAGCCCAAGCUCGACAGGAACAGCAGUUUCCGGCACAUCUUACCUGGAUUUAGGAGCGUGGAGAAUGAAAGAUCACGUCUAAUGCCGAGGUUGAAAGAAUCACGUUCGCACGAGUCUUUGCUCAGUCCUAGUAGUGCUGUGGAGGCACUGGAUCUCAGUAUGGAGGAAGAAGUAAUGAUUAAAUCUGUUCACAGCAGUAUUCUGGGACAAGACUACUGUUUUGAGGUGACAACUUCAACAGGCAGCAAGUGCUUUUCAUGUCGUUCAGUAGCAGAAAGAGAUAAGUGGAUGGAAAAUCUACGGCGUGCAGUACAGCCAAAUAAGGACAACAGUAGACGAGUAGAGAAUCUGCUCAAACUGUGGAUUAUUGAAGCCAAGGAUCUGCCAGCCAAGAAAAAAUACUUCUGUGAACUCUGCCUCGAUGAUACACUAUUUGCACGGACUACCUGCAAGCUGAAAACGGACAAUGUUUUCUGGGGAGAGCACUUUGAGUUUAGCAACCUGCCCGCAGUAAGAAAUAUUACAGUGCACUUGUACAAAGAGACUGAUAAAAAGAAAAAGAAAGAUAAGAAUAACUACGUGGGUCUGGUGAACAUUCCUAUUGCAACGGUGACAGGGCGACAGUUCCUGGAGAAGUGGUAUCCUGUGAGCAUGCCCAAUCCAAGCAAGGGCAAAUCAGUGGGACCAAUGAUUAGAAUCAAAGCUCGCUAUCAGAGCAUGAGCAUUCUUCCAAUGGAGCUCUACAAAGAGUUUGCUGAGUAUAUUACAAAUAAUUAUAUGCUGCUGUGCUCUGUGCUGGAGCCUGUAUUGAGCGUUAAGAGUAAGGAGGAGAUGGCUUGUGCAUUAGUGCACAUUCUGCAAAGCACUGGGAAGGCCAAGGAUUUCUUGACAGAUUUGAUGAUGUCUGAAGUUGAUCGUUGUGGUGAAAACGAACACCUAAUUUUUCGGGAGAACACCUUAGCAACCAAGGCAAUAGAGGAGUAUCUGAAGUUGGUUGGCCAGAAGUAUCUACAAGAUGCACUUGGAGAGUUCAUCAAGGCUCUCUAUGAAUCAGAUGAGAAUUGUGAGGUGGAUCCGAACAAAUGCUCAUCAGGAGACCUUGCUGAGCAUCAGAGCAAUCUGAAAAUGUGCUGCGAGUUGGCGUUUUGCAAGAUCAUUAACUCAUACUGCGUAUUUCCACGAGAACUAAAGGAAGUGUUUGCAUCGUGGAGACAAGAGUGCAGCAACCGAGGGCGACCUGACAUCAGUGAGAGAUUAAUCAGUGCUUCCCUCUUCUUGCGGUUCCUUUGUCCUGCCAUUAUGUCCCCUUCUCUCUUCAACCUCCUGCAGGAAUACCCAGAUGACCGCACAGCACGCACUUUGACUUUAAUUGCCAAGGUUACCCAGAACUUAGCUAAUUUUGCCAAGUUUGGUAGCAAGGAAGAAUAUAUGUCCUUCAUGAAUCAGUUCCUUGAGCAUGAGUGGACCAACAUGCAGCGAUUCUUAUUGGAAAUUUCCAAUCCAGAAACCAUUUCAAACACAGCAGGAUUUGAGGGGUACAUUGAUCUGGGCCGAGAACUCUCCACCCUGCAUUCGCUGCUCUGGGAAGUGGUUUCGCAAAUGGAGCAGGCAACUUCAACAAAGCUUGGCCCCUUGCCUCGCAUUUUAAGAGACGUCAACACCGUGUUGACCAAUCCAGGAGCUGUACCUGUGCCAACGACCUCUGACCCAUGCACCUCAACACCAAAUCCCCCUAACAGCAGCAUAUCCUCAGGGCUGCAGAAGAUGGUGAUAGAUAAUGAUUUUAGUGGUUUAUUAGACUGUACAAGGUUACCCUCCCCUACCCCAGAAAACAAGGACUUGUUUUUUGUCACAAGGUCCUCUGCAGUACAGCCGUCCCCUGCUCGCAGCUCAAGCUAUUCUGAAGCCAACGAAGCAGAGCAACAAAUGCCAAAUGGCAAUAAAAGUAUUUCAAUGGUUGAUUUGCAAGAGAAUCGCAGUUUGGACAGUACGAUAAGUGCUCCCAAUACAGGUGAUUCCCUAAAUGACAGCCAAGGAUCCAGUGGGCAUUUACAGGCAAUGUGGCCUCCAAGACCACCACAGAGUGCAGCAUCAAGUGGGCCUGGGCCUGGGCCUGGGCCUGGGAAUGUCGGCCGAAAGCCUGGACAAACAGCGAGCACCCCUAAUGUGGAUGGCACACCAGGAAGACCACAACUUCUGGCACCAUUAUCUUUUCAAAACCCAGUGUAUCAGAUGGCAGCAGGUAUUCCAGUUUCACCGCGUGGAGUGGCAGACUCAGGAUCAGAAUGUCACAGCUCUAUUAGUUCACACAGCAAUAAUGAAGAACUGGCGGCCAAUAAACCCACUUUUCAUAGCCAUACAAGCACAGAAGACUUUACCAGGCGUUCUGGGGAAUUCACAAGACGACAACUUUCCCUAACAGAAAAGAUACCCCAGACUUCAGUACCACGUCAGAACAGUGCAGGCCCACAGCGCCGAAUAGACCAACCUCCACCGGCAGCUAGAGGUAGGACACCACCAGCCUUAUUAUUCAACCCCCCUCAGUAUCCAAGGCCUUCCAGCGGAGGUAUUACACCAUCCUCAUCAGAAUGGCCAAGCACUGGGACAAAGCUGCGACAGCAAUCAUCAUCGUCUAAAGGAGAUAGUCCUGAAAUGAAACAACGCACAGUGCAUAAACAGGCCCCUUCACCUGCGAAUGCCUUGUCCUCAGUGGACCGCACUGCAGCAUGGCUGAUGAAUAUGAACAUGCAGUUCAUAGAUGAUGAAACAGUGGACCCAGGCUCUAAGCGCAGGGACGAUGUCAGACCUAAAGAGGAACUUAGCCAGAUAGAGAAGUAUCAGCAGGAGAUCGCCAUACUUCAAGAUAAACUGAGGGCGUCUAAUCGGAAGCUGGAGGAGUAUGAGGUACAUUUAAAGAACCAAGAAGAACAAGCACAAAAGAUGAUGCUGGAAUAUCAAGCCAGGCUGGAGGAGGGUGAGGAACGACUUCGUAGACAACAAGAAGACAAGGAUGUACAGAUGAAAGGCAUUAUCAGCAGAUUAAUGGCUGUUGAAGAUGAGCUGAAGAAAGAUCAUGCAGAGAUGCAGGCAGCAGUAGACUCUAAGCAGAAGAUCAUUGAGGCACAGGAGAAACGCAUUGUUUCACUGGAUGCAGCUAAUGCCCGAUUGAUGAGCGCGCUGUCACAGUUGAAGGAGCGAUAUAGCAUGCAAAGCCGCAAUGGAAUCUCCCCGACCAAUCCCACCAAGCUGCAGAUCACUGAAAACGGGGAAUUCAGAAACAGCAGCAACUGCUAAUUUGGUGAUCCAUAUCUACAAAAGAAAUUAGCAUAUACCCUGAGUGCUUACAACACAAGAUGUAUUAAAGCACAGGCAUCAGCUAGAGCAACAGAGAAACUUACGUCCAAAUAUCUUUUGAUCAAAUUUGUGUUUUGUUUAUAAAAAGUACAUUUAAAUGGCCACCUGGAGUCACAAAGAAGCAUGUUAUUAAGGGAAAAGAAAAGUAAUAAGCCUUGGAAAGUUUUCAGUCAAGCACCUUUUACUGGAGUGCGAUAGAAUACAUAUAGUAAAGAACACUUGGGUGCUGAAUCUCAACUAAAGUGUGCAGUCGGAUUUUGAUGAUGACAUAAUGGUAACCAUAAAGCAGUGCUGAGAAAUUUUGUUUUCCACUGAUGCAGGUUCUUUUGGUUACUCCUGGGCCACUCCACAUUAAGUACUAACUAUAAUAUCCUCAAUGUCAAGUGGGUCCAUUGACAGUCAACUUACGUUGUAAAUACCUCUUGAGUAGAAACUGGGGAUGUUUGGUUAUUGCUUUAUUUCCACCAGAAUCGAGUAUACAGACCUAACAAUACACCAGUUUUGUACAAGCUACAGUACUCUUUCCCGUUGUUAUGCAUACACUGACUUACUGAUCAUUAGCAUUUUCCGAUUUUGAAUUCCCAUGUACUUCAGCAGCAGUUUGUAUCCCAGAUGGAUAUGUAAGAGAAAGAAUAUCUGUCAUUUGCUGUUGACAGUUCUCCAGCUCAGUGUCUAUAUUACUUUUACCAUACACAUGAAAUUGUUUUUGGGAAUACAAUUUUCCUAUUUUGAAACCUUUUAUAAGAAAAUGCUACUUCUUAACAACUCGUGGAAAUGUGCGGAUUCAUACACAGUCUGCUAUCUGGAUCGCAUUACUCAGCAUGUCCAAGCAGGUAAAGCCAUCUUCUGUCUUAGAGAAAAAAUGCUUUGAGGGCUUGAAACUACUACAGGAAAGUGACUAAAGUGAUAUCAGAGAGUGAGGAUUGCACUGGGAGUACCUCAUCGAAUAACUUAUUUACUGAGAAAACCUGUCUACAAAAUGAUUCUUUGACUCAGUAAUCAGCAGUGAUAUGAAAUACUGCUCAUGAAUCAAAGUGAUAUAUAAAAGAAGCAGAUGGCAGGCUUGUAUUCACCGUAAGUAUGUGAUUCACUACUUUUGGAUGCAUUUGAUACAUAUUUAUCUUCUCAGUUAUCUUGAGUCGACUUGAUAAGCUGAUAUUUCUUUCAUCUGUGCACCAUUUGCUUUUACAUUUCCUUUUACCAUCAAGGUUUUCCUGCACAAAUUGAUGCAUUUGUUUGGUGCAUUUUAUCUUCCAUAUUCUGCUGCUUCCAUGGAAACAGAUGGACUUGGCCACUGCUGCUUCAAAAAAAAAUCUGAUUUUAAAACGAAACCUUUAAAACUAUACAGUAAGAAUAGUUCUAUUAAAUUUAUACCUAUGCGUGUUUGUGAGGGUAUUUAAAAAAAAACCCAAGAGAAAGAGUGACUUUCUUCCCGAUUUUUAUUUUUAACCGUGACUCAGUUUUUUGCAUCUGUAGUGUGUUAAAAUUCUGUGCAUCCAACAUAAACUGUAUAUAGUUAACAUCUGUUUCUGGUACUGCUUGUCUCAAAGUCGCAGCAGAGUGACUGCAUCUUUAACUGCUGUUUAUGUUGUUAAAAAUGUGUCUGAUAAAAGCCAGUGGUGGCAAAUUAAAACCACUUUAUAUAGGCAAACAAAAUCACUGUGUGAUUGCAAUCUGUGGUUCUGUAGUUCUCAAGGCCAUUUGUUAUACUUAUUGACUUUUCAGAUUUGCAGCAUCUUAAGUUGCGUUUGUAUUUAGCUACACUGACAUAUGACAAGUAUCAUGACUGCACCAGUGAUUCAGCAUAAUAAGCCAACUAGCCAGCUCACAGUGGUUUCACAGAAAAGGGGAAUGGUUUUGUAUACUGAUUUAGGCUUACGGGGGUAACAAUAUCACAACGUCCUGUAAUUCUACACAUUAGCUAAACUAAGCUGGGCCAUACAUCCUAUGUCAUCAUAUAUAAUAGCAUAAACAGGAAGUCACUGUCAAAUGGAGAUGUAAAGCAGCUUUCUAAAUGCACUGCUAAACCGAAAAGUCUAUUCCUUGCCAAUAUCCAUGCAGCUUUAUGCAUUAUUACAAUUAAACAAUGUCAAUGUCAGCCUUCCAUAGGAUUUUUAAAUUUUGUUGCAGGUUUGUAAUUGUAGUUUUAAAAGUCUUUUAAAUUUCAUUUUUAAGUGCAUGUAAAAUAUUCUGUGGAUCCCUAAAAAACAUGUUUACAAUUUGAAUUAAACUGCACAUUGUUAAUUUUAUUUCUUUUAUAAACUGUGAAAGCCAUUAAAGUAAAUAAUUUCUCUAUGUAAAAGCCACUCCAUAGUUCUUAGAAUUUUUCUUAGUUUACUGCACAGGCUUUAAGGGGUUUAUCAGGGUGUCCUUGAAGUCACCAAUUUUCUGUAGCUUCUGCAGUCAUUGACACUCAUUUUGCUGUAUAUUACUAAUAACAUUGGUUUUCUUUGGGUAGCUGACACUGUCUUUAGAACGGAGCCCUGGGGAUUAUUAACAUUUGCAAAGGGUCCCGGUGUGUAUAUCAUUGUCUGCAGGGGGCUCCCUAAAUAAAUAAAGUUAGAAACCACAUAUGUGCUAAACUUGUGUGCAUUCAAAUUGCUUUGGAAAUGCACCAUAUUUAGUAUUACAAGAACAAGUAUGCGUAUAAACAAUUUUCUGCACUGUAACAUUAUUUUCACCAAAUACUCACUGCGAAAAGCCAAAAUGUUUGAAGUGCAGGUUUUAAUUUCUUCUAAAAAUAAUGUACAUAUUUAGAAGAUUCUGUCAACCUCCUAGACUCCAAGAUGCCAAUGGUCUCAUGGUCUGCAGCAUUUUCUUCAGAUAGAAGCUUUCCUAACAAGAUGGCACUGUUUAGUCUCCUCAAAUGGAGCAUUAUGCCAAAGAUUUUGCAUCCAUUAGCAUCUUGGGAUACUUCAGAUUUAUUAAUUUCCGAUGGCAGUUUUUAGCCUGAAAUCUGUGAACUGCAACUCAUUGAGCUAUUCCCAGUGUAAAAAAUUGGGCAGAAAUCCUACAAUUAAUUGGAAUUGAACGCUGUGCUAUUGGCUGUGUCUGCAAUGUUGGAAUGAAAAAAUAUACAGGAAUAGGUUAUUUCAAAAAGUACUUGUUUUGCUUUAGCAUCAAAAAGCUAAAAAUUCUAUGUUGGACAUUGUUUUCAACAUUCUUUCCAGAACCUAAAUUAAAAAUGCGAUUGUACUAUCACAGAAUAUGUGGCAUGCGCCUGAUUCUUUAAUUUGCUGCAAACAAAUCAGAACUUAAAAUAAUUCAAAUUAUUCUCUAUAACUUUGUCCUUAAAUACUGUGUUUAAGGACAUACCUCCAAUUAACUGGUGCCUACUGAUACUUGUCCCUGAAAAGCUGUUGUACGUUUUAUAUCCUUACACUUUUGUAAGUAUGUUUAAAGUUUAAAGUAUUUGCUGGACUCACUUCAGCUUACUUAACCUGUAAUAAUGUACAGAGAAGUUGGUUGUGUUAAAAAUAUGUGGCUGUGCAAUUUAUGUACAUUUGCAACUAGACUUAUUAAAGUUUUAUUUAGCUA